GCCGUCCCAUUCGCCGUGCCCCGCUAUGCUGGGGAGGUGGAUUGGCCUCACUAAAUGGAAGCCCUUGUCUCUGAGCCGGCGCAGCCCUGGAGGCUGGGGAGGCAGGGAGUGGAUGGAUACAGCUUUCCCCUUCCGUGACACAUGAGUGGGCAGAUCCUGAAGCCAGACCAAUCUCAUCUCUGACCCUGCCUGGUGACCAAAGGGCAGCGAUUCUUUUGCAAGGGAAUCCAGCUCCACCUCUAGACUCACCUCUGCCCUCAAGACCACCUGUAAGAUGUGGCCCAAGCUGGAAGUGGGGCUGGCAGCAGCUCUCUGUGGGCUGUCCUCGACCUGAAUCUCAACACCCCUGCAUCCCAGGACUGGCCAGAGGGUCUCACAGGCCGUGCUGUGUGCUAUCUGUGAGAGAGACCAGUCAGCUGGAGAUGCAGAGGGUCCAACGCUGAGCAAGGGGGCAGAGGACUAGGGCAGGACCUCCAAGGAGCCAUGGAUAGAGACCAUGUGAGUGCACCCAGGUGACUGCCUGAUGAACAAUGUCAGUGUGGCCUGCUGCAGCCCUUCCUCAAGGUCACCAAGGAAGCCAAGGAUACAGGACAAGCAUCGGGCGCAGCACGGUCCAGGCGCUUCACGCGGCGGGCGCGCGGGUGGUGGCCGUGAGCCGGACACAGGCCGACCUGGACAGCCUCGUCCGUGAGUGCCCAGGGAUUGAGCCUGUGUGCGUUGACCUGGGUAACUGGGAAGCCACGGAGCAGGUGCUGAGCAGUGUGGGCCCAGUGGACUUGCUGGUAAACAAUGCUGGUGUGGCCCUGCUACAGCCCUUCCUGGAGGUCACCAAGGAGGCCUUUGACAUGUCCUUUGAUGUGAAUCUUCGGGCUGUCAUCCAGGUGUCCCAGAUCAUAGCCAGGGGCUUGAUAGCCCGAGGAGCCCCAGGGGCCAUUGUGAAUGUCUCCAGCCAGGCCUCCCAGCGAGCAGUGACUAACCACAGUGUCUACUGUUCCACCAAGGGUGCCCUGGACAUGCUGACCAAGGUGAUGGCCCUAGAGCUCGGGCCCCACAAGAUCCGUGUGAAUGCAGUGAACCCCACAGUGGUGAUGACACCCAUGGGCCAGGCCAACUGGAGUGACCCCUACAAGGCCAAGGCCAUGCUGGACCGUAUCCCACUGGGCAGGUUUGCUGAAGUGGAGAACGUGGUGGACGCCAUCCUCUUCCUGCUGAGUGACCGAAGCAGCAUGACCACAGGCGCCACUGUGCCAGUAGAUGGGGGCUUCCUGGCCACCUGAGUCCCUUUUUACACACACCUCAGCCCCAUGCUGAGCCCCCUCUUCCCUAAUAAACUUGAUUCUCCUGC